UUCUCAUGUACCAGGCUAACAAGGAGCGAAAAAGCUAAAAAAAUCCACGGUAUUUUCUCCUCUGCCCCUCCAUUUCACAUUCCUAUUCUCUUCUGCCUCUUAGCCAUCUCCUCCUCUCUCUCAAGAGCCCUAGAGCUCCUGCUAAUCUGUUCCCGAAAUGGGAUUUCAUGGACCUCUAUAUAUGGUACUAGCUGUAUUAGCUUUAACUCCAUGUUUCGCCUCUGCUGGAGACAUAGUGCAUCACGACGAUGUAGCUCCCAAGAGGCCUGGUUGUGAUAAUAACUUUGUUCUGGUAAAAGUCCCUACUUGGGUUGAUGAUGUAGAAGAUAUUGAGUAUGUUGGUGUUGGUGCUCGCUUUGGUCUUACUUUGGAAUCAAAAGAAAAACAUGCCAAUAAAACUAGACUUGUUUUGGCAGACCCUCCUGAUCUUUGCAGGCCACCCAAAAAUAAGCUUAACAGAGAUGUCAUUCUGGUUCACCGAGGUAAUUGCAGCUUCACAACCAAGUCAAAUAUUGCUGAAGGGGCUAAUGCUUCAGCUAUUCUUAUAAUAAAUAACCGAACAGCACUUUUUAAAAUGGUUUGUGGAGCAAAUGAAACUGAUGUAAUCAUAGGAAUUCCUGCUAUCAUGCUUCCGCAAGAUGCUGGUGCAAGCUUGGAAAAAUAUAUAAAGAGUAGCUCCAGAGUUUAUGUGCAGCUAUAUUCUCCACAGCGCCCGCUAGUUGAUGUUGCAGAAGUGUUUUUGUGGCUUAUGGCUGUUGGUACCAUCUUAGGUGCUUCUUAUUGGUCUGCGUGGAGUGCCAGAGAAGUGGCUAUCGAGCAGGACAAGCUUUUAAAGGAUGGUUCAGAUGAUUUUACACACACAGAAGGUGUUACAUCUAGUGGUGUUGUUAACAUCAACACAACAUCUGCUAUUCUCUUUGUUGUGAUUGCUUCAUGUUUCUUGGUCAUGCUUUACAAACUUAUGUCAUUGUGGUUUAUGGAUGUUCUGGUGGUUCUGUUCUGCAUUGGUGGGAUAGAGGGCUUGCAAACUUGCUUGGUAGCUUUGUUAUCAUGUUUCAGAUGCUUUCAACAUGCUGGAGAAUCAUUUAUUAAAGUUCCCUUCUUUGGAGCCGUAUCAUAUUUGACCUUGGCUGUCUCUCCCUUUUGCAUAUCAUUUGCUGUUGUUUGGGCAGUUUACCGCCGUGUCUCCUUUGCCUGGAUAGGUCAAGAUAUCCUUGGCAUUGCACUAAUCAUCACAGUUCUUCAGAUUGUUCAUAUACCAAAUCUCAAGGUUGGAACAGUUCUUCUCAGUUGCGCAUUCUUGUAUGACAUCUUCUGGGUAUUUGUUUCCAAACUGUGGUUCAAGGAGAGUGUGAUGAUAGUGGUAGCUCGUGGUGAUAAGAGUGGAGAGGAUGGUAUACCAAUGUUAUUGAAAAUCCCUCGAAUGUUUGAUCCUUGGGGUGGCUACAGCAUUAUUGGGUUUGGUGAUAUCAUCUUACCCGGAUUGCUUGUGGCUUUUGCGUUAAGAUAUGAUUGGCUGACAAAGAAGAAUCUCCGAGCAGGUUACUUUAUGUGGGCAAUGACUGCUUAUGGGUUAGGUCUCCUAAUCACUUACGUAGCUUUGAACAUGAUGGAUGGGCAUGGCCAGCCAGCAUUGCUGUACAUUGUUCCGUUCACACUUGGCACCUUCUUGACACUGGGAAAGAAGAGGGGUGAACUCAAAGCUCUGUGGACAAGAGGCGCACCUGAAAGGCCCUGCCCACACGUGCAGUUUCAGCCUUCUCAAUCUCAAUAGCGUAUACGUCCAUGAACACAGCUCCACUGUAAUUGUAUUAAUUUUAGGUUGUCCAGUACACGAAGGAGCGCAGAAACGUUUACCUGUAUAAGUUGUCGGAGAGCGAUAGCUUAGCAUAAAAGAUGACCUGCUGCGACUGGGAACUAAAUUGAAUUUAAAGUUUAGUUUGACUAAUUGUAAAGGACACCGUUGGAUUCAUUUGCACGACAUGAGCAUGAUUUUUAUUUUUA